AUGGAGGGAUAUAACAGAGUGAUGGCAGCCCUCUCUGAGAACGUGCUGACAGUCAGCGUGUUACUGAGUGUCUUCCUUCUUCCAGGAGUCCAGACUGGAUGUCAGUCGACCCACAAGGGAAUCAACAUUACUGCGCCAAAGCAUGUUGACGCUCUGAGUGGAUCCUGUUUGCUAAUUCCAUGUAGCUUUACUGACCACAAGGAAAUGACGGUUGACGGCAGAAUGAAAACAUCUGGAAUUUGGAUAAGAUCUACAGUCUGGGUUGCCAGUUAUCCACGUCUUGUGGUUUACAACAGCAGUUGGUCAAAAAACAAAUAUGAAAUGCAAGUGAUUGGAAAUCUGAGUGAGAAAAACUGCACAACUGUGUUUUCUAAUAUACGUCCAAGUCAUACAGACCGUUACUUCUUCAGUAUUGAGAAUGGGCUGUUCAGAUCGUUUGCUGUCUGUGAUCCUGUUCUUUUAAUAAUUAGAGAUUCUGCUUGGAGACCCAGGAUUGAAAUCUCAGGUGACAUGAAGGAGAAGAACUCUGUCACCGUAACGUGCUCAGCUCUCACUCCCUGUCCACAAUCACCUCCUGGACUCACCUUGAACCUCCAACCAAACCCUCACAGACAGAUGGAGAGGAACAAAGAUGGAACGUUUACAACUACAAUCCAGCAGAACAUCACUCUGUCGUACAGAUAUGAUGGAUACAACAUCAUCUGCUCUGCCAGAUAUCCUGUGAAUGCAGGAAAACAUAACAAGAAACCCUAUAAGGGAGCAAAGACAAAAUUCACUCUCAGUUUUUCCUAUGGUCCCAAAGAAACCUCAGCAUCCAUCAGUUCAUCAGUAGCUAACUGGGUGAAGCUGCGUUGCUCCAGCAGAGCCAAUCCUCCCGUCAGCAUCUUCACCUGGUUCAAGAAAACCUCAAAUGGAGCCUUGAAAGUAGGUGAAGGAGAAAAUUAUGAACUCCAUGUCACUGAGGAGGAAGCUUAUUACUGUGCGGCCAUGAAUGAUGUUGGCAGUCAGACAUCUCCAGAGAUUCAUUUGACUGUAAAAGAAAAAGGGAUUGAGCCGACUCAUAAAGUCGUUGAAAGAAAAGGAGCCGAGAGUUCUCAAAUUCAGAUUUCAGUUGUUGUAGCAGUCAGCAUUUUCAUAGUUGUCUGCCUGCUCAAAAUCAUCAUGUGGUUUGUAAAGGUCAAAAGUCCAACCCCAACACAAGUCAAUACUCCACUUAGUGACUAACUGGGCCUUGAAUUGUGAGCCAGUACCACUGAGGGAGCUGUUUAACAUGAGGAUCUAAACUUCUUGAUAAAACAGCUUCCUCCAUGCGUAGCGGCAGACGGCGACAGGAGACGACGUACACACAGAUCUCCAGAUCUCUAAGAAAAAGCAGCUCAGCAGAGUCUGACUGCCCAGAGGUCAUCAACACACAAGAGAAUAAACA